CCCAUCACGUUGGGCGUCUUCCUCAACUCCUACUACGACGUGAAGUUCAGCGUCCUCGGGAUGGCGUUCGCCACUUUGGGCGUCCUGGUGACCUCCCUCUACCAAGUGUGGGUAGGAGCUAAGCAGCAUGAGUUGCAGGUAAACUCUAUGCAGUUGCUGUACUAUCAGGCACCAAUGUCCUCAGCUAUGUUGUUGUUCAUCAUACCCUUCUUUGAGCCAGUCUUUGGAGAAGGGGGAAUAUUUGGGCCCUGGACGCUUUCUGCUGUGAUAAUGGUACUGCUCUCUGGAAUAAUAGCCUUUAUGGUAAACUUGUCCAUUUACUGGAUCAUCGGAAAUACGUCACCAGUCACGUAUAACAUGUUUGGACAUUUCAAGUUCUGCAUCACCCUCCUGGGAGGGUGCCUCUUAUUUAAGGAUCCACUGUCUGUUAAUCAAGGCCUUGGGAUUCUGUGCACGUUGUUUGGCAUCUUGGCUUACACCCACUUCAAACUUAGCGAGCAGGAAAGCAAUAAGAGCAAAUUGGUUCAGCGUCCAUAAAGCAGUGGUUUCUGGAGAUUAAUAAUAUUGUGAAGGAAAACAAGUAUUUAAGUAUGCAUUGAUUCUAGAAUGCACAAAAUUGCCUCGUUCGUUUAGAUCUAUGGUUUUAGUUUAACCGCCAGGAUCAUCAUUCUGUAACUAAACCGAAUUAACUGAAUUAUGUAAAAUGCUGGGGUUUUGCCAUCUCAGUCCGUCCUGUCGUUUUCAUUAAAUUUAGAUGGUAAC